AAUGGAUGCUCUUAAAGCCUUGGUUCUGUACUUGAUCAUGUUACAGACAAGCAAGAUCACUGCCACUAAUGCCACUGAUGAGGAAUGGAAGACGGCUACUGCAACUUACACCAAAGAUAAAGAAGGGUCAAUCACUAUAGAAGGAGCUUGUGGGUAUGGUGAUCUUCACAGAGCCACCUAUGGUAAGUACAGUGCUGGAUUGAGUAGCAUGUUGUUCAACAAAGGGAGUACCUGUGGAGCUUGCUUUGAGGUCAGAUGUGUAGAUCACAUCCUAUGGUGCCUGCAAGGUAGCCCCUCUAUCAUUCUCACUGCCACAGAUUUCUGUCCUCCAAAUUACGGGCUUUCAGCAGAUUAUGGUGGCUGGUGCAAUUUCCCCAAAGAACAUUUUGAGAUGUCAGAGGCAGCAUUCACUGAAAUUGCUGAAAGAAAAGCCGAUAUUAUUCCAGUUCAGUACAGGAGGGUGAAGUGUGAGAGGAAGGGUGGGCUGAGAUUCACAGCGAGUGGCAGUUUUCACUUCUAUCAGGUCCUCAUUACCAAUGUAGGAUUAGAUGGUGAAGUGGUUGCAGUGAAAGUGAAGGGAUCAAGAACAGGAUGGAUACCUAUGGCAAGAAACUGGGGCCAGAUCUGGCAAUCAAAUGUCCACCUUAUUGGACAGCCUCUUUCUUUUGAAGUCACUACUAGCAGCGGAAGAACACUCACAUCUUACAAUGUUGCACCAGCAAACUGGCAAUUUGAUCAAACAUUCCAGGGCAAACAAUUCUAGCAUGAAAGACUUUCAAGUUCCAGUAUAAUAUGUGACGAGCAACUUGAAACUUUGAGGCCUUGCUGAAGGGAUUAGCAGUAUUUUCUCCAUCUAUAUGUUUCACACAACCAUUAUACAUGUCACUCAUUUUCCUUCUAUCCAUAAAAGCCAGUCCUUGGUCAAAAAGGGUGAGAAAGCUGUAGAGAAAAGUUGAGAAGGAAUAGAAACACAGGUCGCAGUUUUGUCUCCUUA